UCAUUGUCAAGUUCUCCCUUCCAUUCUUGCUUGGACUGUAAAUGAAAACACUAUUAUCUCUAGCGAGUCUCGCCUUGGCGGUCAAUGCGGCUACUGUCACUUUCAGAGUGGUGGCCCCAGAAGCCACUAAUGUCCAAGUGUCCAUAGGCGGUCAGAGCACUACAUUAAACGCUUCCGACCCAGAUGUUCCUUACUACACUGGCUCAGCCAAUCUUGAUGCCAACGUAUCCUACAAGUAUGUUGUAAACGGUCAGGCUGAAAGUUUUGAUAGAACCUUGGACUCUGGACGUACACAAACAAUGAACGAUUUUUAUGGUCGUGAAGUCACCUAUGCCAACCUUCCUACCUUGCCCAAUCCCAUCAAAGGCGAUUCAUGGACUCGUAUGGGUACCAAAACCCCAGCCUUCGAUGAUAAUUAUUUCCCGACCAUUUUCAUCACAGGAGACGAUGCGCAGGUUCAAAAUUUAGUCGCAAACGUACCCGCUCAGAAAAUCCCCGUCAAAUAUACCUUCAUUGGUCCCGAUGAAGUGAAAGUCUUUGAAAAUUGCUCUUUUGGUGUCCACCAUCCCGGAGGUAAGAAGAAUGAAGCCAAGCAAACCUGGGAAUGGAGCUUGCCUGAGGGUCAAAGUCUAUACGGCCGCAAUUGGAUGAAAGCUCGCAACAUGGAGCAGGACCCAACCCAAAUGCGUGAAAAGUUAUACGCUGAUAUUCUCUAUGCCAUCGGUGCUUAUAGCAAUCAGGCCAACUAUGUUCGCAUUUAUAUCAACAAAGACGGUUACGGUACCUUCAAUCUUGUCGAUGACGUUAUUCAAUACUCUUUCAUCGAUGCUGUCUUUUAUGGAACUGUCACUCCACCAACACAGUUGGGUCCUCUUUACGAUGGUAGCACCGGUGCUUCAUUCGAUUACGACGAGGAAAGCGCAAACGGAUUUACUUCCUUUAUUCCUAACCCUGACAGCCCAAAGGAUUCCUCCGCUUUGGCUGGUCCUUCUCUAGCAUUGAAAAAUUUGGAUGUUACAAAUGAUGCUGCAGUUCAAAAUUUCACCAAGACUUUUGACGUGGAUGAUUUCCUCCGCUUCAUGGUCAUUGAAUACCUAACCGGUAGCUGGGAUGCUUAUUGGAUGAUGCAGAGCAAUGAUGGUGCAUACCAAGAUCCUGCCGACCAGCGAUGGUAUUAUCUUCCACAAGAUUUCGAUGGCACCUUUGGUCUAAGCAUACCUGCUGAUAUGGACUUUGUUAACAAGAGCUACACCACUUAUCCUACCACUUAUCCUACAGCAACCAUGAUAAACAAAUUGCUUCAAAACCCAACCAUCAAGACUACUUUUGAAACAUACCUCAAGGAUAUCACUACGACAUUGUUCAACAACGCCACUCUUGCUAAUCGAGUACUGGCUGUACAAGAGCGACUGAAGCCUGAGGUAGCUUGGGAUCGCAACAUCACCCAACGAUCUCCUGGUGUCAACUUUCACUGGACUUACCAACAAUUCCUUGAUAACGUUUGGGAGCCUGUCAAUUCCGCCGUUGGCGGUGAUGGUGCUGGACAAUGGGGUCUUUUGGGGUGGGUCGUCGCAAGGAGCGACGUUGUCGCAAAAGAAUUUGGAUUGACCUUGGCCACUACCCCAGUUGACGGUUCAAAGCCUAAUGUCAAUGCAAACUCUUCUAUUGCCGUUCAAGCUUCCGCCACUUCUGUACCCACCGGAUCGCAAGGAGCACAGGUCGUCAAUGCUGCAAUGAGCGCUGGAAGGUCCUCUACUUCUAACACAGCUUUCGUUAUUUCAUCCACUAUUGCCGCCACCCUUGUCGCCGCUCUAUUGAUGGAGUUCUAAACCCCAAUUCCUUUUUGUACACCCCUCCCUCCACCCCAUUACUUUACUCGAUCAAAAUAUCGUCCAACAUGUCCAAAAAAUUGUAGUUACAAGUAUUAUAUCUUUCACUUCUACAUCACCAACCUUUCCCCCUUCAUUGGCUCUACCUUCCCAACGAAGAGCAUAUUCAUUUACUCCCCCAUUCAGUGAACUGCUUUUUUGUAUUUCUUACAUUGUGAUUAAAAUAGUAAGUGUAUGAUAUACAUUAUAUAUAUAUAGCGUGCA